GGUCUCCUUAUUCCUCAGAUACAGCACCAUGAAUCAAGAAAAGCUAGCCAAGCUUCAAGCUCAGGUCCGAAUAGGAGGAAAGGGUACGGCUCGCAGAAAGAAGAAGGUGGUGCACAGAACAGCAACAGCUGAUGACAAAAAACUUCAGAGUUCACUCAAAAAAUUGGCCGUAAAUAAUAUUGCUGGCAUCGAAGAGGUGAAUAUGAUAAAAGAUGAUGGAACAGUUAUUCAUUUCAACAACCCCAAGGUCCAGGCUUCCCUUUCUGCGAACACUUUUGCAAUUACUGGUCAUGCAGAAGCUAAACCGAUCACAGAAAUGCUUCCAGGCAUCUUAAGCCAGCUUGGUGCUGACAGCUUAACAAGUCUCAGGAAGUUAGCGGAACAGUUCCCAAGACCAGUGUUGGAUAGCAAAGCACCAAAAUCUGAAGACAUUGAUGAAGAAGAUGAUGAUGUCCCAGAUCUCGUAGAAAACUUUGAUGAAGCAUCAAAGAAUGAAGCUAAUUAAAUCAUUAAUAGUUCUGGAAGCUGGCAUGGACUAGAUUUAAGAAAUCAGCUAUGUGGUUCCAAAGUUUUAAAGAAACAGAGAACAUCAUCUGUUAAUAGUUCAGUAAUAUAAAUAUUUUGUAUUUUAAUGAUGCUGUUUGUUCAGCAUUUUCUGUCAGUUGAUUUUUGCAUUUUGCACUUACUCCCAGGAUCUCUUCUUUUGGUCAAAAAAAAAAUGUCAGUGUAGUUUGAGGAGUGUGUGCAUGUGCGUGUGUGUAUGUGUGUGGAUGUACAUAUAGUAGAGAACAAAUUGGAGAACAGUUCUAUUUAACUUUUUCCCUUCUCCCUCAGAAGUAGAAAUAAAAUGGAUCUUCAACAUUGUUAUUUUUUUAUUUUCUCCAACUAGUGCACGGAAAAAUAGUGAAAGUCUUAUUUGUCCAUAUUUCAUGAACUGAAGGCAUUUUUGCCAUUAAACUUCGGGUUAAUUUGCUGUUAACUAUUGUAUUUGCAAAUAUGUUUCUUUUCCAUGUUGAAAAUGUAUCCAUGCUAUUUGUUAUCAACCUUAUAUUGAUACCAAGUGAUACCAAAGACAGGAUAUUUAUAAGCCUGUUUGGUAUGUUAACAUUUUUUAAAAUUGGUCCUAAAAAAGUGUGCUUUCUUCCUUAAAGUUCAUGUCUCAACCUUUUCCCCCCCCCUUCUCUUCCCCUUUUUAACCUUAGCCAAGUCCAUCAGCCUUCAUGUGGAGUCUGUUUUAUAUAGUUGACCUUCAUUCAACCCCUUUUGCAUUGAUAGUGGUGUGUUCUCCUCUUGAUCAUUUGGGUAUAUAUCCUCAGAAUGUUUCUUGCGCAUGUGAGAAGAUUAGCUCUUACCAUCCAGAAGAGCUAUGUCCAUCGGUUCCUGAACUGGAAGGUCUAGUUGGUAAUAGUGUGAUGCAUCCAUUUGCACAGUAACAUACUUUUGCUUAGCAGGCUUUUGAGACUUUGUUCCAGUGUCAUGACUGCAGCUCCUAACAGCUGUUGUUCUCCAGGGCACUAGAAAUUAAGAAUGGUUAUGAAUUAGUUCAAUAUGAGAGGAAGGGGUCAUUGUCACAUUGCCUUGGCCUCCUGCUGGGCAGUUUGUGCAAUGCCACUAAUUCUGAAGGGAUUUUUACCUUUGCCUAUAACCUACCUCUAUCUAGGUUUGGUGCCAUGGUUGUAGUAGCAUAUUAAAAACAACAAACCUUCUUCAGGCUUACGCAGGAUAUGGAGGUACCAUUGGUGCAGUGUAGUAUUUUCUGAACCUUCCUUCAAAAUGCUAAAUGUGAAUCCCUCCGCCAGAGGCUCUUCAAGGUUCUUGAUGUAAUGUGCAUUAUAGUAUAGUUGGACAUCAUUGCAACCUGUAUCAAAGGCAGCUGUGGCUUAUGAAAGCCAUCUUUCUCUAAAUAUAUCAUUUAACUAUGGCUUAAUUGAGACAUAUCAGCUUUUUAUGUAGGUUCAUGCACUAGAUAAUUGUAAAGUUCAAGGUUAUCAGUACAUGAGAGUGCUAGUGACAUCAUCAUAAACCAUGAAAGCAGAGCUGUAGUGGUUUGUCAUCUAGACUCGAUUUAUUUUAUAGACUUGUUCACUUUUCCUGUUAUAUUUUAUAUAAUACAUGGAUCUUACUACAAAAUAAAAUAACAAUACAAAAGAGGAAAUGUUCCCCCUUCUGUGUCGUCUCCUCCCAACAGGACCGAGUGAGGAGCAAUAUGUAGAUGCAGCUGCUGUUUUAAAUAGCAUUGUGUACAUGUAAAUAAUAUAGAAGACCUGAAGAAUCUGGCAAGACUGGUCGGAGUCAGCAGGAUUCCCAGUGUGCCAGUUUUCCCCCCUUUGCCCUUUUCUCUGUAGUACUAGAUGGGAUUAUACUCAGUCUUGUGGCUGCUUCACAUCCCAUAGGUGAAGUUGCUCUUUUUUAAUGAAAAUCAUUAUUCUUAUUUCCACUUUCAUCCCCUGCACAGGCAUGCAAGCUGAGCAAACUGCCAUUCAGAGGGCAACUGCCCAAUGAGCAAAUGAAAAAGGCCAGAAAACAAACUUGCAUCAAUCUACAGCUUGGUGGAGCACCUCUAGUGCAGGGGUUGUCAACCAGGGGUACACUUACCCCGGGGUACUUGGGACGGCCCCAGGGGGUACGCGUGGCGGUGCAGGGAAGUGGUGCGUGGUGGUGAAUGGCAGCAGUUGCUGCUGUGUGCAAACUCCCUGCCACCACCAUCCACCACUGUGCCGUCUCUGCGCACUGCUUCCCCACCCCCUGCCAUUCACCACUGUGUGCCACUGUCUUCGUGGCCGGCCAGCCGUGCCGUCAGCACCCUUCUUUCCCCCUGCCAUCUGGCAGGGGUACACUCCAGCAGGGGUACACUCCUUAAAAAGUAUGAAAACCCCUGCACUAGUGAACUGGCAUGAAUGAAGAGUAUUGAAAAGUUGUGACUGCACUGACUUUAUUUACAAAUAAGUGGAAUUUUUUCCCCCUACUAAUCAUCUAUUACUAAAAAUCUACACCUAAAAUAGCACAUUGAUUUCUGAACUAGGAAGCAUGGUAAGAAUAAUUUGUGUGUGGGAGGUUACAGUAAGUGUCUGGGAUAUCAAGUGAUUCAGUAAGUUUGUAGUCAGACUUACUGAUUUGUGCAAAAGAUACUUUUUCAUUCUAGCUAUUGGUCAUGGCAGCCUACUUGUAAUCUUCAUUGCUUACUUAUGUUUGGAAGCCAGCAAAGAAACUAAAUAUAUUGGUUAUGUAGUCAUGUUAUCUCUAUCUUUCACUGUAUCCAAAAACAGUUGACCACUUUUGAUUUGCUGCUGAAAUACUACAGCUUACAGAAAUCCAUUAAACUGAUUUUAACUGAAAAUAA